CCGGGGAGCGCGCCCCGCGGGAGAGGCGCCCGAGCCUGGCCGCGGGAGCAUGUGGGCCCGGAGCGGAGCGCGGGGCGCGCUGCUGCUGGCGCUGCUGCUCUGCUGGGACCCGAGGCUGAGCCGAGCAGGCACUGAUUCUGGCAGCGAGGUGCUCCCUGACUCCUUCCCGUCGGCGCCGGCCGAGCCCCUGCCCCACUUCCUCCAGGAGCCCCAGGACGCCUACAUCGUGAAGAACAAGCCCGUGGAGCUGCGCUGCCGCGCCUUCCCUGCCACACAGAUCUACUUCAAGUGCAACGGCGAGUGGGUCAGCCAGAAUGACCACAUCACGCAGGAGGGCCUGGAUGAGGCCACUGGCCUGCGGGUACGGGAGGUACAGAUCGAGGUGUCACGGCAGCAGGUGGAGGAGCUGUUCGGGCUGGAGGACUACUGGUGCCAGUGCGUGGCCUGGAGCUCCGCGGGCACCACCAAGAGUCGCCGGGCCUAUGUCCGCAUCGCAUACCUGCGCAAGAACUUCGAUCAGGAGCCUCUGGGCAAGGAAGUGCCCCUGGACCAGGAGGUUCUUCUGCAAUGUCGCCCACCAGAGGGGGUGCCUGUGGCUGAGGUGGAGUGGCUGAAGAACGAGGACAUCAUCGACCCCACCCAGGACACCAACUUCCUGCUCACCAUCGACCACAACCUCAUCAUCCGCCAGGCCCGCCUGUCAGAUACAGCCAACUACACCUGUGUGGCCAAGAACAUUGUCGCCAAGCGCCGAAGUACCACUGCCACGGUCACUGUCUAUGUGAACGGGGGCUGGUCCAGCUGGGCCGAGUGGACGCCCUGCUCCAACCGCUGCGGCCGUGGCUGGCAAAAGCGCACCCGGACCUGCACCAACCCGGCCCCGCUCAACGGAGGCGCCUUCUGUGAGGGCCAGGCCUUCCAAAAGACCGCCUGCACCACCGUGUGCCCAGUCGAUGGAGCGUGGACAGAGUGGAGCAAGUGGUCAGCCUGCAGCACCGAGUGUGCCCACUGGCGCAGCCGCGAGUGCAUGGCGCCUCCGCCCCAGAACGGAGGCCGAGACUGCAGCGGGACCCUGCUCGACUCCAAGAACUGCACGGACGGGCUGUGCGUGCAGAAUAAGAAAACUCUAAGUGACCCCAAAAGCCACCUUCUGGAGGCCUCGGGGGAUGUGGCUCUGUACGCGGGCCUCGUGGUGUCCAUCUUCGUCGUCGUGGGCGUCCUCAUGGUGGUGGGGGUGGUGGUGUACCGCCGCAACUGCCGGGACUUCGACACGGACAUCACCGACUCAUCCGCUGCCCUCACUGGCGGCUUCCACCCCGUCAACUUCAAGACUGCGAGGCCCAACAACCCACAGCUCCUGCACCCGUCUGUGCCUCCGGACCUCACGGCCAGUGCUGGCAUCUACCGCGGGCCCGUGUAUGCCCUGCAGGACUCUGCGGACAAGAUCCCCAUGACCAACUCCCCCCUGCUGGACCCCUUGCCCAGUCUCAAGAUCAAGGUCUACAACUCCGGCACCACCGGCUCUGGGCCAGGCCUGCCAGAUGGGGCCGACCUGCUGGGGGUUGUGCCGCCUGGCACGUACUCUGGCGAUUUCACCCGGGAUGCCCACUUGCUGCACCUGCGCAGUGCCAGCCUCGGCUCCCAGCAGCUCCUGGGCCUGCCCCGUGACCCGGGGAGCAGCGUCAGCGGCACCUUUGGCUGCCUGGGUGGGAGACUCAGCAUCCCCGGCACAGGGGUCAGCCUGCUGGUGCCCAAUGGAGCCAUCCCCCAGGGCAAGUUCUACGAGAUGUACCUCCUUAUCAACAAAGCAGAAAACACCCUCCCGCUUUCAGAAGGGACCCAGACAGUCCUGAGCCCCUCGGUGACCUGUGGGCCCACGGGCCUCCUGCUGUGCCGCCCCGUCAUCCUCACAGUACCCCACUGUGCUGAAGUCAGCGCCGGCGACUGGAUCUUCCAGCUCAAGACCCAGGCCCACCAGGGCCACUGGGAGGAGGUGGUGACUCUGGACGAGGAAACCCUGAACACCCCCUGCUACUGCCAGCUAGAGGCCAGGUCGUGCCACAUCCUGUUGGACCAGCUGGGCACCUACGUGUUCACGGGUGAAUCCUAUUCCCGCUCGGCAGUGAAGCGGCUCCAGCUGGCCAUCUUCGCCCCUGCCCUCUGCACCUCCCUGGAGUACAGCCUCAGAGUCUACUGCCUGGAGGACACCCCUGUGGCCCUGAAGGAGGUGCUAGAGCUGGAGCGGACCCUGGGAGGCUAUCUAGUGGAGGAGCCCAAACCCCUGCUGUUUAAAGACAGUUACCACAACCUGCGCCUCUCUCUACAUGACAUCCCCCACGCCCACUGGAGAAGCAAGCUGCUGGCCAAGUAUCAGGAGAUCCCCUUCUAUCACAUCUGGAGCGGCAGCCAGAAGGCCCUGCACUGUACUUUCAUCCUGGAGAGGCACAGCCUGGCCUCCACAGAGCUCACCUGCAAGAUCUGUGUGCGGCAGGUGGAAGGGGAGGGCCAGAUCUUCCAGCUGCACACCACUCUGGCAGAGACGCCUGCCGGCUCCCUGGACACCUUCUGCUCUGCCCCUGGCAGCACAGUCACCACCCAGCUGGGACCCUAUGCCUUCAAGAUUCCACUGUCCAUCCGCCAGAAGAUAUGCAACAGCCUGGAUGCCCCUAACUCACGGGGCAAUGACUGGCGGCUCUUGGCGCAGAAGCUCUCCAUGGACCGGUACCUGAACUACUUUGCCACCAAAGCGAGCCCCACGGGUGUCAUCCUGGACCUCUGGGAAGCUCUGCAGCAGGACGACGGGGACCUCAACAGCCUGGCGAGUGCCUUGGAGGACAUGGGCAAGAGUGAGAUGCUGGUGGCCAUGGCCACUGACGGGGACUGCUGAGCUGCCCCGGAACCAGAACCGUGGGCUGGGAGGGUGGGCAGGAGGCGGGUGCAAGGAGGCCCCGGGCAGCCUCCUGAGAGGUGGAGCAGCCUCCGCUACCCCCCAGAGCUCAGAGCCGGAGUUGCUCCCUCCUCCCCACCUCGCCCCACUCCCAGACCGUGACCAGCCUUAGCAAAUCCAUGUACUCCGUUGUUGUCUGGAGGAGCCAGUGCUCCUUCUCCACCCCCUGCUGUCCCUCGUGCCCUCAGAUCUCCACGCAGGAACCACCAUGAGGCCUCUGGAGGCAGCUGGGUGGGUGGGGGCAGGAGCCCUCCCCACUCCUGCCACCCCACCAGGCCGCCUCCACCCUGGGAGUUCUGGGUUACCUUUGUCGUAGUUGCGUCCUUCCAGUUUCUUCCUCGGUUCCUGGUGUCUCCCUCCCCGCCACCACCCCGCCCCGAGCCCCCUUCUCCUUUCACACCGUUUUCCUCUUUGAAGAGUCAAGUACAAUUCAGACGAACUGCUUUCUCCUGUCCAAAGCAAAAGGGAAAAGGAAGGGAAGAAAGACACUUCAGGCCGCUAGUCAGGCUCCAAGAAGAAAAAAAGAGCAACGCCAAAACCACAAGGGAAAAGAAAAACCCAGUUUCUUAGGAAACGCACAUGAUUUAUUAUCCAAAUAUUUGGAUAAGUCCUUUUUAAGAAAAAAAAAAAGAAAAUGAAAAAAACAACACAAAAAAAAUAGAAAACUCUUUUCUUGAGUGCGGGUGAGUGCAGGCUUGCUCACGGUUCUGGCCAGGAGUGAGCGUGUGAGUGUGUGAGUGUGUGUGCGUGUGUGUGAGAUUAUCAGGGAGAGAGAGAGAGAGACAGAACAGGGAACACCUUGCUGCUAAUGAUUCCAUCUUAGACUAAUUCCUAAAAGGCCUCAGUUUCCCCAGUUGUACAGGGUCAGAUGGGGUUUUAGCCAUGGUACCACGUUUCCUUCUAAAAUCUUAAGCAGAUGCCGAAUCUGUAAAGCCAAGGAGCCCUGAGGUCUGGAGUGGGGUGGGGUCAUCUCGUCCUCCUACCUCCCCAGGCAGGUGCCCCACAGGCUCCCUGGGCCCCUGGGGAGUGCAGAUUACAAGGCCCUGGGGUAGAAAGUGUGGGCAGGCCGUGCUAGCUGUGAGCCAGGGACAGGGUCUCCAGUGUCCCCCUCUGGGGGCUCCCGGAGAAGGGGACAGGGCCCAGAGGUGGGGCCCCAAGCAGAGAAAGAAGCCGAUGGGAAAGGGGAGGGAAGAUGAGAGUCUCCUGGGGACACUUCUCUCCCUCACCCCAGGGUGGGACCAGCCAGGUCACCCAUCUGCCCGGCACCCCCGAGCCUCAGUUGGCUGGGGAGGUUCAUCCAUAAGACAGAAGGGAUGGAUGAGAAGGCCUCUAACAGCAGAAGCCUGAGCUUCUGGGCCCCGGUGUGGCUUUGAAGGCCGUGUCAGCAGUCAGCCCUGCGGGCCGGGAGGCCGGGAGGUAGGUGGCCUGGCUGUGUUGUUCCACACGCCCGCCCCAGUGGACGAGCACCUGGGGAGGGCUGUCUUCCAGCUCUGACCCCCACUGGCACCUUCAGCCCGGGUCUCGGCCUCCUUCUGCAGUCUGGGAGGUCUUGAAGUGAGCUGUGAACAGGCAGGGCUGCCAGAGGGGAGGGGCCAGUACCCCCUCACCAGCCUGCUCCAGCAUGUCCAAGGGGCCAUCAAAUCAAGGUCCCUUGUUGACCAGCUAACAGUGGCUGCGACCAGGCUCUUAGAACUGGCACAGAGCCUCAUCACAGGCCUCUCACUCCUCUUUGGCACCCGGAGCAAAGCAGUGCCAGCCCCCCGCCCCCCGGACAGCUCUGGGUGGGCACUGACCCCAGGGCUUGCCCAGCUUGCCCGUGAGCAGCUGCUGGGACCAGCCUGGGCAUAUCCUGGCCUUUGAAAGUCUAGUCUCCUGGGAGGAAAGCAGAUUUGGGGGCUCCAGUCCCAUUUGGUGUCCCUGCCAUGGACUCUGGGGCUUAUGGGGGUUCUCAACCACCUACCUACCUCCCAGGGGUUAGGUCAGCCACGGGCAGACAGGCUGGCUGGGUUCGAGAGAGGAGUUUUUGUAUAGGGCCGCUGAAGGGGCCAGGCCUGCAUUCGGGGCUGGGCAGCAACAGCUCUUCACUCCAGUGCCUUUGUGGUGUUGCCUCAAAGGCAGCGAACCUUCCUGCCAGAGGUGCCCACCGCCGUGGGCUCAGCGUCCCUGAUGACUCCGAGCCUGCGCUGUGCAAGCCUGUGUGGCAACACGGCUGUGGGAGCAGCCUAAGCAAUGCCGCUGCACCCUUCCCGUCAGUCCCUACAGUGCCCACGGGCAGCCCGGGGUCCAAAGACCAGCACAUUCCAGCCCCAGCUGUGCCAUUAGCCUGCUGCGUGACCCCAGGCAUAGGACUGCCUUCUCUGGGCCUCACUUCCUCUUUACACCUGCAGCUACCAUCUGACUCCCUUUGGGUCCUGACACGUGGCCACUGUAGGUUGCUGGUGGGGGGAGGUUGGCCGUGGUCCGCCAUGCCCCUCCUCUCUGCCCGGCUUGCUCAGCACCCAGGAGGGAGCCCCUGGUGGAUGAGGCCAGGCCAGCUGCUCACGUGCCAUUUCUUAGCUGAUUUUCAGAAAUUGUGUACCGGGGCCUGGGGCACAGAACCAAUAGGCUGGAGCCUCCUGGGAGGGUUCGAACUGCCUGGCUUUAUAAGAAACGCCUGGAAAGGGUUGGCUGGGCUCCAUCCAAUCAGCCCUCUGCUGAGGCUGCUGUGGCUGUUAUCCCACACGGCCCGCCUUAGGGUAGGAUCAGGAUUUCUCCUCCUCUGUAGACCUUAGAGGCCUCCCUACAUGGCCCACGGACCCCACAAGGGGCAGACCAGGGCCCCCCCACCCCCCGCAGGGCUUGCAGGGGCCUCGCGUGGGUGUUUAUGUGUCUCUCAUCUCUGGGGCGUGUCUGCACGUGCAUGCAUGGGUGUGCCCUUGUGCGUGUGCUUUUGUCUGCAGGCACAUCAGGGUGUCCGUCCAGGAACAUGCCCCCACCUAGGUGUGAGCAUGUGACCUCUCUGAGUCCACAGGGUCCAUCGACGUAUCCUCUACGUGCCUCCCCCUCUGCCUUCUCUUGCAGUGAGCCGGGCUCCAGAACUCCGGGCCAGGGGUCCUCCUGAGGGCGUGGCGGGGGCCCCCAGCUCCUGGGUGCUCCAGGACCCUCUGGUCCCCUUUUCCCCAGCAACCAGGCAGCUGAGCCAGGUCCCUUAGUAUGCCCCCUGAGGGAAGGUGACCAGGAGUUUGGGUGCAGGGAGCAGCUCUCCUGGGGGCAAAGGGCUGGACCCCCUGCCUGGGCCAUGGACAUGGUUAUGUGUCCCGGGGAUGUAGGGCUGCAGGGAUGGCCCGAUCCCACCGCCGUUUGUUCUGUAAACUUCAACCUGUAAAUAAAGUUUAGCAUUCCUAUUGUAACAAAAUUAAUUUUUACAAAAUAAAUUAUAUUUCCUAGUCUAAUAAAAAAAUUGCAGUUGUA